CCCAUUUCAGAGCCAGCCUGGAGUCAGCAAGCGUAUUGUAAGGGUCACACUUCAUCAUUAUUGACAGCUGGAGAUGCCACCACAUGCCUUUGGCAGAAAGACACAGGGAAAAUCAGGCAGUGGACUGUGCUUCCUACCCUCAAGCUGCAAGGCACAGCCCCAGAAACAGGAGGAUUAAAAAGCCUCUCAAUUUAAAGAGACAAGGGGGAGGGGAGUGUGGGCUGCACAGUUUAUAAAUAGGCAUUGCUCAAGGCUGCCUGAUGAUGAAGUGGUUGUUUAAUAAAUUUUUCUUUUUUAAGGAUGCCGUUAUCAGAGGCCAUUUAACAAUAUCACUUUCAUUUAUUGUUCUGGACGAGUUUCAUCAAGUCAGCCCUGUUGGGUUAUAUUUCUUUCUGUUUUAGAAACAGGCCUUUAAUUUUGAGUUAUAUUUCCAUGGAGCACAGAGAUGAUGAUGAUGACGAUGUUUCUUUUGCCAAAUGGAUGAGCAGCUUCUGGGGUCACAGCUGGAGAGACAAGGAUGAGAGGGGACUCCGAGAAUACCAGCGACCACAAGAUGCCAGUUACAGGAAAGCCUCCCUGCCUUGCCCAUUUCCUGUGAUUCCCAGAAUUACAUCAUCUGAUUGCCAUCCUAGACAGUACUCUCAUGAGGACCAAGGAUCCCAAAACCAUCCCGCCAUACGGUAUUACAGAAAAUGCUCCAUGGAUGGGUCAUUCCAGGAGCCUCUGGAAUCAAAAGGAGGAUCUCAUCCUAAAUUACAGGAAGUUUCAGAGUCUUUUGAACAGAAACUGUGCCUUAGAAUAACACACUCUGCCUCUUUGGGACCAAAGAGCAGAAAGGAGAGAAGAGAAAGACAAUGCCUAGGAACUGAAAUGAAAUCCCACAAGAAAAUGGAGGACAGAAGGAACUCAAUGAAGGAAGCACACAAAGAUGCACACCUGGCUCCCCUGGCUGAAAAGGGGCCAGAAUAGCGCUUUGUUUCUACUUUGCAGUGACAGAUGCCACUCAUCAUUCUGAACCCCAAUUCUCCACAUCGGGAUGUUAGAAUGACAGCUGCAAAAGGGCGAUCACAGAUGCUGAGAAUGAAGUGGGCAGUUGGAAUAGCUGCUUCUCAAGAUGACUUGUAUCAUUCUCCAGUGGCUUCUGACUAUUUACUUGAAAGUGUAAUUGCUUUUUUUGCCCUUCUAUGGGAAUAAAAAAUAAGAUAUUUUAAUAGGAUAAAAGAAUUUCUGAAAUUGUAAGGUGUGGCUUAUAAAGAACUACCCACACUUUUCAUCAACACUUCUUCCGUAUCAAUC